UUUCCAGGAGACCCUACAAUAAACGGGGGUUACUCUCCCGUUUUCCAGGAGACCCUACAGUAAACACAGGGCGUGCGGGAACCCCUGUAUUCCAGGAGACCCUACAAUAAACACACCUUUCAUUCCCAGCUGCUCCAAACCCUCCAAACCUGAUCCGGGGAGGGAAAACACUCCCGGGAAUCGGGGGGGGGCCGGGAAUCCCCCCCGGGGUUCCGCCCGUCCCGGUGCAUCCCGGGCAGGUUUUGGGGUGCGCGGGGGCCCCCCCGGGGCCGGGGUGGGGCCCCCCCGGGGCUGGCCGGGCUCGAUAAGUGCCGGGCUCUGGGAUAUGUGAUCCAGCCCCUCCCCGGCGCAGAAUAAAUCGCUGAUCUCAUGCCCUGCGCGGCCGGAGCCCUUUGGCUCAGCCCCGGGACUCGCUCCAGGCAGGAUCCGGACCCCCCAUCAGCCAUGACAUCGUACCGGGAGGAGCUGGAGAAGUACCGGGACAUCGACGAGGACAAAAUCCUGCAGGAAUUGUCCCCCGAGGAACUGGCCCAGCUGGACAUGGAGCUGAUGGAGAUGGACCCCGAGAACGUGAUGCUGCCGGCGGGGCUCCGGCAGCGGGACCAGACCCAGAAGAGCCCCACGGGCCCCCUGGAUCGGGAAGCGCUGCUGCAGCACCUGGAAAAGCAGGCGCUGGAAGCCGAGGAGCGCCAGGACCUGGUGCCCUUCACCGGCGAGAAGAAAGGGAAGCCGUUCGUGCCCAAGAACCCGACGCGGGAGAUCCCUCGGGAGGAGCAGAUCACGCUGGAGCCGGAGCUGGAGGAGGCCUUGGCCAACGCCACCGAGGCCGAGAUGUGCGACCUCGCCGCCAUCCUGGGCAUGUACACCCUGAUGAGCAACAAGCAGUACUACGAUGCCAUCUGCAGCGGGAACAUCUCCAACACCGAGGGCAUCAACAGCGUGGUCAAACCCGACUCGUACAAGCCGGUGCCGGACGAGCCCCCGAACCCCACAAACGUGGAGGAGACGCUGCAGCGGAUCCGAGACAACGACCCGGCCCUGGAGGACGUCAACCUCAACAACAUCAAGGACAUUCCCAUCCCCACGCUCAAGGCCAUCUGCGAGGCCAUGAAAACCAACACCCACGUCAAGAGGCUCAGCCUGGUGGCCACCAGGAGCAACGACCCCGUGGCCCACGCGGUGGCCGAGAUGCUGAUGGAGAACAAGACCCUGCAGAGCCUCAACCUCGAGUCCAACUUCAUCACGAGCGCGGGGAUGAGGAGCAUCAUCCAGGCCGUGCCCCACAGCCCCGCCCUGGCCGAGCUCCGCGUGGACAACCAGUGCCAGCGCCUGGGGGACACGGCGGAGAUGGAGAUGGCGGCGAUGCUGGAGCGCUGCCCCUCCGUGCUGCGCUUCGGGUACCACUUCACCCAGCAGGGCCCCCGCGCCCGCGCCGCCAGCGCCAUCACCAGGAACAACGAGCUCCGCCGGAAGCAGAAGAAAACCUAAACCAACCCCCCAGGAACGGGAGAUCUCUGGGAAUGCUGGAAAUAAAGCUGGAAAGACACGGA